AUGAAUUUUGCCAUCACACCCAGACACAUUCCCUACGAGAAUGUAAUCGGAUCGGUCGAGGAAGGUAUCAGACGUAACAAAAUACCAUCAAUAGAUGCGGACACUAUGAGACAAGAUAUCGCCGUGACAUUACGUCAUGCGAAACCACCAAGGCCGAACGUUACUUCUUCAGAAUUAGCUGCUCUAAAGGAACUACGGAGAGAUCAAAAUAUAAUAGUGUUAAAGGCGGACAAAGGGAAUGCAACCGUGGUAUUGAACACCACUGAUUAUGAUAAUAAGAUCUCAAAUCUACUCAGUGAUGAUAAUACAUACAAAAGGGUAAAUUACGACCCAACAGCGAGAACAAAUCGGAGCACACGCAAACUAAUAAAGGAAUGUUCUCACGUACUAGACGACGAUACUGUCAAAUAUUUGCUACGCCCUAGGAACGUCCAGCCGCCUAAACUAUACGGCCUGCCGAAGAUACAUAAGCAUAACGUGCCAUUACGGCCCAUUGUGAGUCAAAUAGGCUCACCUACAUACGAAUUGGCGAAGCACGUGUCAAAUGUACUACAGCCGUUAGUAGGACAAAUGUCGUCAUACAUUAAGGACUCCCGCCAUCUAGUGGACAUUUUGUCACAUAAUAAGGUUGAGGAGAAUGAGUUGAUGGUCAGUUUCGAUGUAGAAUCGCUCUUCACCAAUGUACCAGUGACGGAGUGUCUUGAAAUGAUUAAGGUUAAGUUACAAAACAACGAUAUCCCGAUGGAAUAUGCCACUUUAUUGCAUCAUUGUUUGUCGAAGAACUACUUCAUAUACAGAGGUCAGUACUACCUUCAGGUAGAUGGGGUGGCUAUGGGCAGUCCAGUAGCUCCAGUGGUAGCCAACCUUUGGAUGGAACAUUUGGAAGAACAAGCCCUGGCGACUGCACCUGCCGAAACCAAACUAUGGAAGAGGUACGUUGAUGAUGUUUUCUGCAUAGUGAAGGGAAACAAACGAGACGUUGAAGAUUAUCUGGCAUAUUUAAACAACAUUCAUCCUAAAAUAAAACUAACCUGUGAGAUGGAGGUAGACAGAAGCUUAGCAUUCCUUGAUGUAAAGAUUCAGGUGCGUAGUGACGGUACACUCAGUCACUCUGUAUACAGAAAGCCCACACAUACAGAUCGUUACCUCAAAGCUACUUCGCAUCACCAUCCUGGACAUCUGAACUCUGUAGUGGCAUCACUCACAAACCGUGCAUAUGAUCUUUGUGAUGACGAACACCUACACAAUGAGUUACAACACGUACGGCAGGUCCUACAGGGCAAUGGAUAUUCAGGAAAACUUCCACCUAGACACAUGAAUAGGCACCAGUUACGGAGGCAGGUAGUAGAUAGACAGCCAGUAUUUUUGCCGUAUGUAAAGGGAGUGACGGAUAAGGUCUCAAAUAUCUUAAAAAAGUAUGCAAUUAAAACUAUCUUCACUCCUUUGAAAAAGGUAUCACAAUGUCUGCGAUCGCCCAAAGAUAGUUUUCCGUUGGAAAAACCUGGUGUUUAUAAAAUCGACUGCAGUUGUGGUAGUUCAUAUAUCGGCCAAACAAAGCGCACAAUAGCAUGCCGUAUAAAGGAGCACAUAAAAGCGGUCAAAAACAACGAUACGCAAAAAUCGGCCAUCGCUGAACACUUGAUACAAUCGGGCACAAAUCACUGGAUCGAGUUGCAUAAUCCUCAGAUUAUCUCAACAGAACGCCACUACAUACCGAGAAUGGUUAGGGAAGCGAUUGAAAUUACCAAACACAAAAAUUUCAAUCGUGAGGAUGGGUUUAAACUGUCGAGUGUCUGGAGUCCAGUGGUUCAUUUGUGUCGGGACAACGGAAAACGUAAAAGUGCCGUUUCGCGAAUGGAUACAGUGAGUGUCGUGUGUCGAGAACAGGUUCGAGUGAGUAGUGAGUGUGCAGACAGUGGUACCGGUAUCGAGCGUAAUAGAAGACUGAGACGGAGGGUAGACCGAUAUGUCUGCCCAUAA